GGUGCGUUUCGUUCCGCUUCCGCGAGAAUAUUUAACGCGAUGUUUAUUGUUUGUCAACAAAAUUAAAUAGGUACUUAGUUAAUAUGUAGCUUUGAGUUUGGUGAAUUCAAUAGACAUUUUUGUGUUUUUUGUUCCGUUAAUACUUAUUAAAUAUAAUUAUUAGUUAGGUGUGUCUUAUAGUUAAAGUUAUAAGUGGAAGAUGGACGGCGCGAACGCAGACUCAGACCAUUCUAUGACUUGGGAGGACAUUUUUGGUAGUUCCACUGAUUUAACACAUACAGUGAUAGGCAUCUACGACUCUUUACUGGAACCAGGAAAAAGCCUGCGGCCAGAAGAAAGUCGGCUUGAAACAGCCAAAGACGCUAGAAACGAUCCUCCUGUAGAACAGAAUAUAAAAGACACAAUGACUAAUGAAGACGUCAAUGUGGAGUUUUCAAUAUCAGAUAAACGUCCAGUAGAUCCUUCGAGAUUAGCUGGCAGUGUAAAACUUCCUAUUGCUGCAAUAAAUAAAAGUUCUCUUUAUAAUAAUCGAACUAAAAGUGAUAAAAAUGGUGCUAGUGAUGAAUUGAAUAAGUGUAAUAAUAUUUCCAGUGAUACAGUUAGUAAGGAUAGUCAAAUACAGAGAAGUUUUAAAGAAACAAAAUUUUCUGAUAUGUCCACAUUUGACAAACUUUCGCCAAAUGUAAAAAGGAUGAUAUCGAGUGCGACUGAGACGACUACAUUGAAAUUUCAAAGAAAAACUGUAAAUGUCGCAAGAUCAUCGACAAGACACAAAUCAAAUAUUCCUCUUGUUGGGGCUACGUCAAAAAUAUCACAAUCAGGUGUCGAAAUUUUACCAACAAUGGAAAUUUAUGAUCAACCAAGUGAUUUACGGAAUAUUGGCAAACUUAGAACAGGAAAUUCUAAUCAAGUUCUGCCAAAAACGGCUGAUACUGAGAUAAAUAUUAAAUCUGAUAAUGACGAAGUAUGUUACGAUGUCCCUAAAAACAACUGUCCGAUUAUUUAUGAUGUGCCUAGUGUCAAAAACAAGACUGCAUUUGAAUCUUUAUCGUUGCCUUAUAUUGAUCAAUCAAUCGAACUUUCUAUUUCCACUAACGAUAGAGAAUUCGAUACAAAUUUAUCAUCAAAAGAGAACUCUCCACAGAAAACGGAAACAAAAAGUCCGUCACCUGAGGCGAGUCCUGCUAAGUUUCCGAAAGUAAAUAGAGGAACUAAUAGCUUGUGUCGGAAAGACUUUACGAGGUUAGAAUCUUCGGCGAAAAAGCUAUCAAAAACCGAAACUUAUCCCGAAGAAAUAGGGUCUACAGGUAAUUUGAAAAGUUGUGCAGUCACAGAUAAAGACGCAACUAGGUUGAAUGCACCUUCAGUUGAAGUGUCGCGACCGCUAUCCAUGAGUUCCAUUGCUUCUUCAAGUUCGACGUCGAGCAGUGGUGUUCAAAAUAAAGGUGGAGUGAAUUCGGCGUACUUAGCUUCUAUAGAAAGUUUAGAUGAUCAUAGUGACGCUGAUAUGACGUCGGCUAAUGGAAGCAACAACUUUGUAAAUAAUGCUGGUAUUUUGAACACUAGCGUGUCCGAAGAAGGAAAUCCGGACAGCAUGCCACGGCUUCAAGUGAUGGACGAGAUGCCGGGACUGUCGCAACUGGAAAGAGUUUGUGCUGAAAUUGUACAGACUGAAAACGUCUACGUGGAGGAUUUACGGCAAGUUGUCGAGGGCUAUCUCCACGUGUGGCGGCGGGGGUCCACAUUUUCAGAAGACAAGUUAACCGAGCUUUUCAAUAACAUAGAAGAUAUAUAUGAAUUUAAUCGAUCUCUCUGUAAAGAGCUGAACAGCUGUCAACUAGAUGCCACGUGCAUCGCUCGCUGCUUCGUCAACAAUACCACUGGAUUCUCCGUGUACGCCUCGUACUGUACUGGAUAUCCUAUGACGAUGAAGAGGCUAGCAGCUCUUGCAUCGGAGCCUGACAGUGCAAGAGAGUUUAGAGAGAGACAGAUAGCGUUGUGUCAUCCUCUACCACUCGCGUCGUACUUACUAAAGCCUGUCCAGAGGAUAUUGAAGUACCAUUUACUGCUGCAGAAUCUGGUGAAACAGUGUACGACCCGGGAGACGGAGUACGCGCUGCUGAAGAUGACGGGAAUAGCUCAGCACAUUGAUGAUAUGAAGCGGCGGCAUGAACACGCCGUGCGUGUGCAGGAGAUUCAGUCGCUGCUGUACGGCUGGAGCGGCCCGGACUUGACUACUUAUGGAGAGCUGUGUGCCGAAGGGACAUUCAGAGUAUUCGGCGCGAAGGCCAUGCGUCACGUCUUCCUCUUCGACAAGAUGCUCCUUAUCACCAAGAACAGAGAAGACGGCAUCCUAGCGUACAAAACGCAUAUAAUGUGUAACAACAUGAUGCUCGUAGAAGCUAUAGCGGGUGCUCCACUCUCCUUCCACGUGAUACCGUGGGAUGCACCGCGUGCUCAGGUCACAUUACAGGCGAGGUCCGCCCGCCACAAGCGCGAAUGGACGCUACUCAUCAAGCGGGUAAUACUGGAGAACUACAAUGCUGUGAUACCAUCGCACGCAAGGCAGUUGGUAAUGGAGCUUGGUCAAAACAAAACAGAUGAUGAUAUGAUAGCUGAAAAAUCACAUGGUCUCAUCACACAAGCAUCGAUGAGAAAACAGCUGUCUGCGCCGGAGUAUCUUGAGAAAAGGAAAUUGGAAAGGGAUAGACGAAGAACAGUAGUUUUAGGAAACGGGUUACGAGUUCCAUCUAAGAAAGCUAAUCGAAAAUAUACUAUACCGAAUUCUAGGUCUGAAACUAGACGUAAUUGUGAUUGUGCUCAGUUUUCAGCUGAAAAGGGCACAGAUUAUACUUGUGAGAACUGUUAUGUAGAUCUCUGUUCAGACUGUGACGGAGAAGUAUCUAAAGAUAAAAUUAAUAAUGAUAAAUGUUGCUGCAGAAAUAAUGGUAUAUUUGCAGAAAAGUGUCCUGAAUGUGAUAGGGCACUUCAUUACAUUGACUCUGGUAGCGUUGAACAGCUUGAAAGAAAACAAUCUGGAUGCAAAUGCUCUGAUUUCAAAUCAUCGCAGGAAAGUUUUGGUAAAGAGUUUCCUGGUUCAUUAACAAAGACUAGAGGAUAUCAUUCGUCAGAUAAUAUUGUUGGCUACACGGAUAGUUCCAAAAGUAAAGAAGAUUUAAGUGAUACUAAUAACUCUAUGGUAAAUGUCAGAAAUAUUACGAAAACAUGUUUGAAAUGCGCUAAGAUAAAAGAAAAUAUUGUCGUAACAGAUUCUAUAAGUACAAUGCAUUCUAGAAGGUCUAGAUGUAGUGAAAAUAGUAAACAUAAACCAGAUAUAACAAGAUCUAAAUCAAAAGAUGAUCCUCAAAGGUCAAAGUUAUCUAAAAUAAGCAAUUGGAGAAGGAAAUCUGAACCAGGACUACCCCAGAACUCUUGUAUUGCGACAAAAAGAUCUCAAUUUAGUGAUAGUGAAAAAAAUGAUGAACGAGGUUGUGAAAAAAUAGAAUUUGAGUGUAGAAAUUGUGGCUCUAAUAAAAUAAGCAGAAAAACAAAAUACGGAUUGCCCAGUUCUGAUCCAGAAGUGGACAUUAUAAAGAGAGAUCAUAAAACGAAUAUAGAAAUAAGAAUGUACAACACAAAAAAUAUACCAAAGAAAAUCUCGAAGCUAAAGAAAAAUAGAGCAAAGCGUCUGGGUUCUGACACUACUGCAAAAUUUUAUGCUGAUUUCUCUACAGAUGUAUCAACUGAAAAUAUUUUACAUAUAUCAGAAUCCAAUGAUAGUCUUAACAUCGAUAAAAUUAAAGCUACAUCACAAAAUACAUGUACCACAGACACGAUCAGUAAAGAUGACGAUAUUGAUGAAGAAACUUAUAAAAAAUUAAUAGAAAAAACUGAUUCCUUCAAGAAGAAUGAACUAGAAAAAGUUAAGUACUUAAAUAAACAAAAAGUUAUCACCGAAGGUACAGAGACAGAAGAGAAAUUGUGUGAGAGUAAUCCUCCAGAAACUGAAGAAAUUUGUGACGAAGAAAAACCUUUAGAACAAAUAAUAUCACAAUUAUUAAUGGAAAAUAGGGAAUUUCAGAAAUUAUUAAAAAAACAACAGAGAAAUAGUGCACACAGAAGACACCAGAGGUUAUUAAAAUCGCAUUCCAAUCCCGAACAAGUAAUUAUACAAAGUACAUGCGAUUCUCUUAAAUUGAAGCCAAAAUAUAAUCGUCAGACCUCGGAAAAUUUAGAUUUAAAUAAAAAAGAUGAACAAGAUGAGAGUAUAUGUGUGAGUGAUACUCAAGUUGAAAGAAAUAACAUGUCUGAUGAAGAUGCAGAUCAUAUAUAUGAAACUUUGAGGUGUGAAAGUAAAGAAUUAGAAAAUUUGCAUACAUUGAAUAAUAAGAGUAAAACGAUUCAACAUCAUACACAUGUAUCUAGACCAAGGAGGUUACCAUCGCCUCCAAACGUAGAACAAGUUUCCAAAAUUGCUGGUCCAGAAUCGGAUUAUGUGUAUUUGACAUUUAAUCAACUUAAUAAAUCAAGAGAUGAAGAAUCCAUAUAUGACAUUCCAGUGUCGCCAGUUAAAAUAGAUAACUCUGUAAACUCGAGUUACUAUGAGCUCAUGGAAAAUAAAGGACCACCUACAACUAAUACGGAUAAUCUUUAUGAUAGUCUUCAGGAAGUUUGUAGACGACGAGAAACUCCAAAUAAACAACUUGAUGACUAUUUACCGAUGAGUGCAAGUCAACAGAGUCCGAAUAAUCCAGAAAUUUGGGUUAGCCGACAAAAAGAACAUUUUAAUAUUUCUAGAGAUAGAAAAUCUGGCUCAUUACCGAGAAGUUUUCAAAUAAUCACAAACAAUCAAGAGGAUGAGAAUAAUAUGAGUACAUUUAAAGGAAAACCUAAUAAUAACAGUAAAACAUAUUUAAAUAGAGACGGGAAAGUAAUGAGCACAGAUAGACCAUUUACUAUAGCGUCAGAUAAAAGUGAAAUUAGUUAUGAUGAUGUUGAGAAUUACAUGAGCGAAGGAGAUAUACUUAAAUUUAACAAAAAUACAAAGCCUCACCAUACGGAGCAUGUACAAAAUAUAAGUCAAUCAACUUUGGAAUUGGAAGAAGAAAUCGAUAGAUGCUAUAAAAAUAAUUUUGAAGAAAUUAAUCUAGAUAAGAACAAGAAUGAAAAUCUCUUGACAGUGUCACAACCUAAUUUAAACAUUUCAAAUACAUCUUCUUGUGAAAUUUUACCUACUGAUCAUAGCAAUGUUAAUCCUACGGAUAUAGAAAUAAUACAUCCGGAACAUAAAAUAUACAAACCUAAUAGUAACAUAUUAUCACUUAAAAAUGUUUUAAGUCGUUUUAAAAGUCGUAAAAGCAUUGAUGAUGCAGAAAAUGCAAAUGAUCAUAAUAAUCCCGAUAAUACAAAAUCUGAUGUCAAAAGUCCAUCGAAUGAGAAAAAAUCUGCACUUAAUCCUAGAAACUAUUCUAAAAACUUAUUGCAAAGAUUUAGAAACAUUAUUGGGGAUGAACAUCCAGAUGAUAAUCAGAAUAAAUCUGAGUCAUUGAAAGUUCAAAUACCCGCCGAAGAUUCACAAAAUAAUGUAGCAAAAAAUGACAUCAAAGUUGUAAUAACUACAACAACAGAUGGUAGUCCAACAGUUUCUAUAGUUUCGGAUGUAUCUAACAACGAUUUACUUAGUAAAAGUGUUUGUGAAGAUUCUACUUUAACCGAAAGCCAACAAGAAAAAAAUAAUUUAGAUAUUUUAUCGUAUAGUUGCGAAAAUAUUCGACAAAAAAAUGACAAAAUACGGCCUGUAUAUGAGAAAAGUGUUAGCUUGAUAAAUAAUGUUUCAAAUGUCAUCAAUGGCCUUUCUACUCAAUCUAAACCAAGUAAUUCUUCAAAUAAAUUACCAAUGUAUAUGCAAGGAAGUAAACACUUAGGCGCCAGAAUAGCUCAGUCAGAUUACCUUGAUCCUACUACACUGACAAAUGAAAAAACUGCUUUUAAAAAUGUAAAUGUUCUUAUUAACAAAAAUGCACUUAGACCAGAUAGCUUAUUCUCAAAUUCAUCAUUUGUAACGUCAUCUAGUGAAGGAGUUUAUCAAGAACCUCAGAUAAAAACAUGUGUUAAUGAGAAUGAUGACGAGAAAAACAAGCAAGAAAAUUUUGGCGACAGUUUUUACGAAAAAUCGUUUGAAAAAAUUGAGCAAGUAACUGAUGAAGAUAUGUUUAGAGAUUCAGCUGUUUAUUCUGAUCAAGAAGAAGUAGAAGAUAUUAAAAUAGUUCUAAGUCCUGAUAGAAUUGUAAAUAAGACAAAUACGAAAAUAGAGAACAUAAAACACACGUCAUCAUUUAAAUCGACUAUAACGACUACAAAUCAAAAAUCAAGUAGUUUGCAUGCCCGAGUUUUGGUGAAAUCAACUAAGACCCAAAAUGUGGAAAGUUUUUCAAUCAAAAAAGAUCAAAAUACGGAAAGACCUAAACCUAAAGUUGCACCACCCGUUCCAGUAAAACCUAAAAUAGCUAAUAUCCAAUCACCUAAUAAUGUGCCAAAAAGCUUGGUAUUCAACAGAAAUAAUAGUUUAUUAAACCCUGAAGAGACUUCGUCCACUUUUGACUCAGUUAAUAUAAAAACAAACACACAAUAUUCAAAUUUCAAACAAACUAUUGUUGAAUCUGCAACAAUCGUAAACAAUAAAUCAGAUGUUAAUAUUCAGAAUAUACGAGUCGAUAACAAUUCUAUGAUUGAAAAAAAAUCGAAUGAAAUUAAAGACGAAAUGGAAACAUUACAAGGUAGUAUACAAUUAAAAAGAAUGGGUUUCGAGAGAGCCAGUCUAGAUUCAGCAACACGAAAAAUAAAAACAGCGAAUGAUAUGAAAAGAUCAUCUAUAGAACCUCAAAAAACAAUGACGAAAUCUGUUUUACAAAGACGCUUAGAAAUUGAACAGAUGACAAAGAGCCAAGUAGUAAAGCCUAGUUGUAGUAUAAAGAAACCUACACCGCUAGCAAGACCUAAAUCAAUUAAUACAAAAGUGGCAACGUAUGAAAGAAGUUUCAGUGAAAAUGUUAUGCCAGAGACAAAACCUGUAACAAGUAAUUCUGUAGAAAGAGAAAACAUUCCUAUAAAUAGAUGUUUAAGUGAAAAUACAGAGACAAAUACUGACAGUGAUACAAAAAAUAGUUGGGUUAAACAAGUGGUCCAUAAAUUCCAAUGAGCUUAAGGUGAUAGUACGUCCCUGCAUUUAAAUGAUUCCGUCUGUUUUUGUACUCAAUUUUUAAAUCUCCAUUUUAGUAUUAAUAUAAAAAUAAGGAUGUUGUUAAUCAAUGUAAAUAAGUUCAUAAAUUGUCAAAUCUCUUGGAGCUUUGAUAUUUUGUGCCAUAUUAUGUGCAAGAUAGUAACAUUAGAUAUUUUGGCUGUAAAAUAUACGUUACUUUGCACAAAAUAUAAGCCACACAGUAAGGAAUACUGCUUAUUUUGCUAUAUACUGCUAUUUCUAUUCAAAAGUGCCAUUGCAAUAUAUUUUAUAAGCAAGUUUACAAUCUUACUAAUAAAAAAUAAUUGAACGACAUCUAUUAAUUAUGGUGUGUUAGUUAAAAUUAUAUUUUAUUAGUACGGUACUAAAGUAUAUUUUUGUGCAAUGAAAUCUAUCGAUUCAAUUAUUUAUUUUUUACGAUAUAAGUUUUGUUAUGUAGCUACUAACACCAAAAAUAGGAUGUUCUAGUAUUAGUUUUUUACUAAUACAUUUACGUAUUAUGUUGCUGUUUAUUUUUAUUUUGUUGUUCAAUUAUAAUAAUAAUAUAGAUUUAUCACGGAAAUUCGCAAAUAAUUUAUUAAUAUUAGUAUUAUUCUAAUUAUUACGCAAAUGAUUUAAUUUUUUUAUUUUUCUUUUAUUAUUUUUGUGUGAAGGAAAGAUCAUAUUAAAAACCGAUUGUUAAUGAUCUCUCUAUUUUUAUAUUAAUGAUGUACAACACAAAAAAAUGAGCAAUCUUAGUCUAACAUGAAUUUAACAUCUAGUAUUAUUUAAUAGGUUAAACUAACACACUUGUACCGUGGAAAAUAUGAUGUUUAUCAAAUUUUUCAAAUAUUUUUAUUAAUUAAUAUGCUUAGUAUUAAAAUAUUAAUUGAUUUGCUAACAAUGAAAUUUAUAUGUUCAACAUCAUAUUUUCAUUUAGUAAGUACAUGAAGUACCUAAGUACUGCACUUAACUCGUGGAGACUGUUAGUAAAAUAAGUUUCUUUCAAUUUAUGUUUUACUGUAACUUCGUUGCAUUGUAUUACUUUUAUUGUAGUGUACUGGAAUGUAUGUAAUUGCUGUUCAAUAUUAUUAAAAAUAUAUGCCCCAAAAAUUAUCAAUUAACAAAAUCGAACGAAGUGUUCAAAUGCUGUUGUGAAUGUUUUUUUGAUUAUGUAGUGAUUUAUUAAAUAUAAUGUACCUAUAAGUACUAAUUACACCCGCCCUCAAAUAUUACGAGGUAUUCUUAAAUAAUA